UAUUGUACAAAGAUGCACACCUUGUUGCCUGGCCUUGUCCCCGCUCUCUGACAUCCAAUAUCCCUCAGUGUUUCUCUGAAAACCCAUGCAUUCCAUCUGUGCCCCAGCAGAAUUUCCAAUGUGGCGCCAUCUGAUAGAGUGCUGACUCCCGGGACAGGGACUACAUCAACUUCAGAAAAACAAAGUAUUGGCUUGCAAGGCUGUGCUUUGGAAUGGGUGAAUAACCUUGGUGGGCAUUUGACGAUGGUCUGCAUGCCAGCCUUUGAUUUGGCCGUGGUAGGUCUUCAGUGAUUCUGGUGGGAGUAUGUAGGCUUCAGCUAGGUCCUAAAACUGUGGCAGUUUGCUGCCUUCCUGCUCCACUGUGGCCUGUUUGUCUAGAGGCAGGCUUGUUCCCAGCAGGACUCAAGUCAGCCAAGGGCAUCCAUCACAUGCUCUCCUCUCUGUCUGCCUUGCCUCUGUCUUGGCCCAAAGUCACAUGGGCAAGCAUGGUGGGCCCUGGAGCUGGCCUCAUCCUCUCACACUGACACAUCUCUGUAAGGCACACCUUUCUUCCUGAAGGUGCAGUCUCGGCUUGCUCCUCUAAGAUCCUGCCAGUGGCACCUGUCUGGUGAAUACUUACUUCCUGCUUAUGUUUAAUUCAUGGCUGAGCGUUUGGGAUGAGCUUCCCAAGAAAGGAAAGAACUCCCCUGGGGUCUUGCCCAGUUCCUGCCUGCUUUAUGGGCCCACUGCCAAAGUCCCAGCCUCCUCCCUGUGAGUGGGGCUGGGCAACAGAAGCUGUCCAUGGGCUUGGAGGACAUUGUCCCUGCCAGGCUUAGCCUGACUCCUUGAGACUGUGGAUAGCUUCACAAAGCCUUGGAGGCUAGGUGGACUGCUGAGAGAAGCCAUGUCUGCAGCACCAGGCAGGCCAGAGAUUCAGCCAGAGCCCUCCCUGGGGCUGGGAGGCCAGAGCCGAUGGCUUGGUCUCUUGCUUGUGCUCCUGACUCUCCCUGGUGUCACCUGGACAGAGGUGCAGACACCCCAGCUGCGAGAGCAGGCUCCAACUCUCCAAGCCCUGAGCAGGAAGGAGAGUUUCCUGAUCCUCUCCCUGCACAACCGCCUGCGCAGUCAGGUCCAGCCUCCCGCAGCCAAUAUGCAGAGAAUGGACUGGAGCGAGAGCCUGGCCCGAACAGCUCAAGCCAGGGCAGCCCUCUGUGGCACUUCAGCCACCCCAAAUGUGGCAUCUGCCCCACGGCACACCCCACAAGUGGGCUGGAAUGUGCAGCUACUGCCCGUGGGCUCCGCAACCUUUGCUGAAGUGGUCAACCUCUGGUUUGCUGAAGGGCUGCAGUAUAGACAUGGGGACGCUGAGUGUGCCCACAAUGCCACCUGCACCCACUACACACAGCUGGUGUGGGCCACUUCCAGCCAGCUGGGCUGUGGGAGGCAUCUAUGCUCUGUGGACCAGACAGCCAUGGAGGCCUUCGUCUGUGCCUACUCCCCUGGAGGCAACUGGGAUGUAAAUGGGAAGACAAUCGCCCCUUACAAGAAAGGCUCCUGGUGUUCACUCUGCACAGCCAGCGUCUCGGGCUGCUUCAAGGCCUGGGAUCAUUCAGGGGGCCUCUGUGAGGUCCCCAGAAACCCAUGUCGCAUGAGCUGCCGAAAUCAUGGACAUCUCAACAUUAGUACUUGUCUCUGUCACUGUCCCCCUGGCUACACAGGGAGGUACUGCCAAGUACGGUGCAGUGUGCAGUGUGUGCAUGGCCGGUUCCGGGAAGAAGAGUGCUCCUGUAUCUGUGAUGUCGGCUAUGGGGGAGCCCAGUGUGCCACCAAGGUACACUUUCCUUUUCAUACCUGUGACCUGAGGAUUGAUGGAGACUGCUUCACGGUGUCUUCCGAGGCAGACACCUAUUAUGGAGCCAAGAUGAAAUGUCAGGGAAAAGGUGGGGUACUAGCCCAGAUCGAGAACCAGAAAGUGCAAGACAUCCUUGCCUUCUACCUGGGCCGUCUGGAGACCACUAACGAGGUGACUGACAGUGACUUUGAGACCAGGAAUUUCUGGAUCGGCUCCUGGACUCUCAGAUGGGGGGCAACCUUGGCUACCCUGGCCCAGGACUCACCUACAAGGCAGCUAAGGACUCCUUCCGCUGGACUACUGGAGAACACCAGUCCUUCACGAGUUUUGCCUUUGGGCAGCCUGACAACCAGGGGUUUGGGAACUGUGUGGAAAUGCAGGCAUCUGCUGCCUUCAACUGGAAUGACCAACGCUGUAAAACUCGAAACCGUUAUAUCUGUCAGUUUGCUCAGAAGCACAUUUCCCUGUGGGAGCCAGGGCCCUGAGCCUGGCCAGGCAGCUCUCCUGCCAGCCUCUGAGUGCACAAGUCAGUUUGCCUUGACCACUCACCCGUGGGAAACACGGGCCUGGCUAGGACUGAAUGUCCAACACUGAAAGAAGUCUCAGAACUUGCACAGUGCUCGAUGUUGGGUAAGGGAAGCAUUGAAGCCCACGAGAAAUGAUUUGGGGUCCUAAAGGAGCCUAGCACGGGAAGAGAAGAGCCAGGGACCAUCAGCCUGCUUUUGAGUGGAAAGAUGGGCUUCCAUGGACCCCCGAAGCCAAAGCCAAAGCCAAAGCCAGUGGCCAACAGCUGUUCUGCUCCAUCUAGACCAAACUUCAUUGGACAGCUGGAGUUUUCCAGACCAGAGACUUCACAAAGAAAUAAAUGAUGUUAUGAAUCAG